UCGUGGCAUCGUUAAUUAUGUUCAUGCAGAUUGUCUGAAACACGUAGGGUAGCGGUUCGCUGAGUCCCCAGUGUUCGGUCUGUGCCUUCGGUGACCGGCGAUGAUAUUUGCGGCGGCACGGUGAAGGUGCCAGGCGUUGCACUGGGUUCAGGCGCUGCUCGGGCAAUAGGACCGGGGUCUUCGGUGCGGGGUCCUCUGGCAGCGAGGGAGAGGAUAGAAGGAGGCAAGGAGAGAGUGAAGGAUAGGAGUGUGUGUGUGAGGACGGAUAGAAAGUGGAGACAAAAAAGCGGAGGGGUAUUUGAGAAUAAAAAGAACAAGAGAGAGGGAAGGCAGGGAUAAUACUAAUUAAGAAUGGGAAGAGGAGGAAGUGAAUGAGAGUACGAGAGAGCAGAAAGUAAAUUAUUGUGGGUUUAAGGAUAGUCACAGUGAAAUAGACGAGAGAGGGGUGGAAGUAAAAGAUACCGAGAGAAGCAGAGCAGAGAGGGAGUAUGAUCAAAAGUAAUAAAAUCAGAUCUGAAAGGAAAGGAUAAAUAAGAUCCAACAGAAAUAUUGGAACAGACAGGAAUUAAGGGGCGAGAAAGAGAAACCAGGACAGUUGAGAAGAGGGUGUGUUUGCCAAACACUCAAAAGCGAGGUUAAACAUACUACUUUACUAACUCAGUAAACUUGAAAAUCCUGUCUCAUUCAUUCCUUCUGAUCAAAAUGAGAGUAAUCGCUCUAGUCAGUGGUGGAAAGGACAGCUGUUACAAUAUGAUGCAGUGUGUGGCAGCUGGACAUGAAGUGGUGGCUUUAGCUAAUUUAAGACCUGCCAAUCAUAAAGAUGAGCUUGACAGUUACAUGUAUCAGACAGUGGGACAUGAAGCUGUGGAUCUAUACUCAGAAGCUACUGGCCUCCCACUGUAUCGACACACUAUCAAAGGGAGCUCUUUAUCAAUUGGAAGAGACUACACAGAAUAUGAAGGCGAUGAAGUGGAAGACCUCUAUCAUCUUUUGAAACAGAUCAAGGAAAAGGAAGCAGCGGAAGGAGUUUCAGUUGGUGCCAUUCUUUCUGACUAUCAGCGGGUCAGAGUAGAAAAUGUGGUGAAGGGCAAGAUUGGCAGGUCUCAGAAAUUCUGGUUGACGAGGGAUGAGGCCUUGACUAAGAAAAAGAGGUGCAGGCGACUUAAUCUCCAGCCUUUGGCUUACCUCUGGCGUCGAAACCAGGAAGAUUUGCUGAGAGAAAUGAUAUUGUCUAAUGUUGAAGCCGUGAUAAUCAAAGUCGCAGCUUUUGGUCUUGAUCCAGAGAAACAUCUUGGGAAAACUUUGGAUCAGAUAGAACCAUAUCUCAAUCAGAUUUCUCAGAAGUAUGGGGUGAAUGUAUGUGGAGAAGGUGGAGAGUAUGAAACCUAUACAUUGGAUUGUCCUUUAUUCAGGAAGCGAAUUGUUAUUGAUUCUUCCGAUGUUGUUGUUCAUUCUGCUGAUGCGUUUGCACCAGUGGGCUAUCUUCGUUUAUUGAACUUACAUCUGGAGGAUAAACCCCAGCAUGUACCUUCUCGCAUAGUACUUGGAGCUCUGCAACCUUGUUCAUCCUGCUUCAAUCAGGAGAUUAACAUAGAAAAUGACAAUUACAGAGAGAUAUCAAAACCACAGGUCACCUGGCAUCUCACCUCAAGUAAUCCUUCUGACACUGCCUUGAAAGUUUCAUCUACCCUCAGCCGACCAGUAAAGUUAAAUCAUUGGUCUGGGAAAACAAAAAGAUGCUACCAUUGGAUCAGUGCGCCAACUUUUCCCAUGGAAGGAAAAAGCGUUAAUGAUGCAUCAAGGGAGUUAUUUUCAUUGUUACAAGUGGAAUUGAAAAUGAAAGAUUACACGUUAUCAGAUAUUAUUCUGCUUCACCUGUAUAUAAAGGACAUAACGGAUUUUGGCACUAUAAACUCAGUGUAUCAAUCCUACUUCAACCUAAACCCACCUGCAAGGGUUUGUGUAGAAGUCCCGUUACCUGAUGGAAUAUUGCUUCAAGUUGAUUGCCUUUUACACAAAAAUGAAUCAGCUUCCCAAGAUGUAACAAAACAGCAAAAGGAGGUUAUGCAUGUUCAGAGUAUUUCACAUUGGGCACCUGCUAACAUAGGACCUUACAGUCAGUCCAUAAAGAUUGGAGAUGAUAUAUUUUGUGCGGGUCAGAUUGGAUUGGUCCCAUGCACCAUGCAGCUUGUCACAGGAGGAGUCAAAGCUGAAGCCACACUUUCUCUAAGCCAUGUCCAGAAAAUUCUUGAAGCAAUGAAAAGUGGAACAAAAUUAAGCAAUGUCUUGCUGGCAAACUGUUAUGUCACAGACAAGAAAUAUAUCUCUGUUGUUCAAAAUGUCUGGCAAAAGGCAUUAAAGGGACACCUAGAGGAGGAUGAAGCUUAUCAGAUGACAGAACCUACACCUGGGAUACUGGUGGUAGUCACCAUCCCACGUCUGCCUAAAGCUGCUGCAGUGGAGUGGCACAUCAUUGCCCUGACCAGCAGUGCCAGUGAGAGGAAAUCCUUCAUCCUAAAUAAAAAACUGGAAAGUUAUGAAAUUGAUUGUAAAAUGGUGAUGUCAAGUUCGAUGUGUCAUGCUGCAGUUUCAUUGACUCUAAGUCUUCUGCUGCCUUCAGUGAGUUCAUUGAAUUUGGAAGUUGCACUGCAAGAACUAGCUGUUGCCUUCCAGCAAGCAAUAGAUACACUCCCUCAGGAUGUGCUUCCUCUCUGCUUCAAAAUUUUCUACUGUGAAGAUGCCAUAAAUCCCAGCUUAGUGCACAGAGAUUUGGCACGAUCCCUGGAAGAACUACUGGGCUCGAGAGUUCCGCCUCUGAUUUUGGUGCCUGUAACAGAUCUGUCUGGCCAAGAAAUUCUGCAUGUCAUUUGUUGGCUGACCAACUAAGGACAAAAGGCAGGGUGGAGAACACUAGGUUAUGAGCUACUGUAAAUCCAUUUCCUCCCUCUACGUAAUGGGAAACAAAAGCAGAUCUCCACCUGUGUUUACAGUAACAGUUCCAAGAUAAUUCCAAUUGUACUGCGAUCAACGCCCAUCUAAAUAGUCACAAAGGGCUUCUUGUUCACGGCCAAGUUUGCUAUUAUAUUUAUUGGCAGCUGAUAGAUAUAGAAGAGAUGCGAAAAGAUGUUGUAUAUUACUGGCUCUGCUAUUGAAUUUGGUCUAUAAAGUCAGUCAAGUGAAAAUCAAUCGCUUUUGGAAACUGUGCAUAAACUGUCACAGUAGGUGUUUUCUUUUAUUAAAGUCAUGAUGGACAAAAAUAGAAAGUGAUUUUUAUUUUAUAGCAACUUUUAAAUCUUUUCUCAUUUUCAGAGAAAUUUUAUUGAACUACCAAAUUGAAAAAUCAAGUUACAAGAGCAAUGCAAUUAAUUCUUGAUUCCCAACUGCAACAAUCCUCGCAUCUAAACUCUCAACAACCUUGUUCACUUUUCCCCUUGUAAUAUGUUUGACCAACUGCUAAUUUUUCUAAGCCUUUGCACACCAUGCCAUCCCUCAUCUGUGAACUUUGACAGAAUGCGCCAAUUCUGUAACGAGCUUUAUUGAUGUUAAACUUCUUUCUCGUGUGUUUGCCUCUUAGCCAUUGUAGAUGGAGAUUCAGGCUCACUUUCCAUGAUCAUAAAGCCUAAUUCCCCCAUCAUCCUGGUCAAGGUCAAUUCCUCAGCCCCAUUCUGUGGCUGAUCAUGACUGCCCUAUUGUCUGGCCACCUUCUAGCUAUUGGAUGAAUUUUCUGAGUCAUCUGAGAUUAAUACCUGAAAUAAUGAGCCUAGCACACACAGAGUAUUGUUGCAAGUAAUGACCUUUGUUAUUUGACUUAAUUCAGUAUUUGUAUAAAAUAAAAAGGUACUUACCGAUUAAAGCUCAAUCUCCCCAGUGAGUCAUUUUGAUCUGGGAAUUGAAAGUGUUAUGAAAUACACUUUAGAGCCUUUUAGGGAAAAGAUUCAUUUUCACUAGCUUUAUAUGUUGUGCAAUAAAUUUGUACAAGUUACUGCACAGGUUGAACAACCUGAUUCGGAAGUAACUGAACACAUCUCUGAUAACAAUGAAUUAUUGAUGUUCUUCCUUUGAGUGUGAAAUACCCAUAAGAUUGUUCUUUAAAACAAUAAGAAAAUAGCCGGCAUUCACUGUCAUCAUUAACUGUAGCUCAGUAUUUCUGAAGUUAUGACACAACAACCCAGAGCUAGUUCAUUUGAAUGCAAUAACUGGUAAUUUGUAAGCUAACACCGAAAUAUAUGUACAUGAAAGCUGCUAUCUUGUCAAAAACCAUACUGGUUCAUCAAUGUGCUUUGGAAAAGGAAACUUGCUACUUCUAUCUAGUCUACCCUAUAAGUGAUUCUUAACAAUUCUUAGUGUCUUUCAAAAUGGUUAAAUAAGACAAUGAAUAUUGAUGAAAAAUAUUGCUUAUCAGUGCUGAGUUUUAAACUGUGCUUCUUCAGAGGUUAUGCCUUCUUUACAUACUUUUUUUCCACAGGAAUGCAUUUAAAACAAGUACCUCCUAAGGCAUUGUGGGACUUGAAGCUGGUUAAUCUUGGUGGUUAAUUCUUUUCUAUGGCACUUUCACCAUAGCAGUAUUGUUUUCACUAUUACGGAAAACCAGUUCUCAUGUCUACUUUUUUAAUCAUGCCAAUGCUUGCCGUUGAAGUGUACGUUUAGUGAUGUAAGUUAAUUAACUGAAAACAAAUAAAACUGCACGUACUGGAAUGCAAAA